GCUUGACUUGAAGGUUUGAUGAUGAUGAGUCAGAGUGACUCUGAUCGAUGGCUACUGCCUUGGACACUUAUCUUAAUGAUCCAUCUUUAGAAAUCAAUUAUCACUAUUAUCAUCAUCAUCAUCAUCAAGUUAAUAUGAAUCAACAAAAUACCAAAACUUCAACUCCAAUUCAAACUAUACUCUCUUUACCUCCAUCUAUCUUAUCUUUCUUAGUUCGAUCUCAACCUAUCAUCAAUUCAAUAGCUUCACUCUCUCUCAUCAUACGAUGGUCUCAUCCAACUGGUCAUUAUCCAUCCUGGCUUCUACUCUUCUCUUGGUCAUUCUUCUGUCUAUCAUCUGAAUAUUUAAUCAACUAUGUUGGAUUCAAUUUGAUCUUAACUUUAACUUUAACCUUCACUUGGUUAAAAGCUAUCAAUCCAAAUCAAUCAAUUCAAACUACUACAAAUCAAGACCAAUCAAUCACACCACCUCAAACUAAUCCUACAGCUUUGAUUAACACUCUCGAUUCAUUUCAAGUCAUUGUAGAUCAUGCUCAUUUACUCUCGAUCACUAUCAUUCAACCCAUCCAAUCCAUCUUGAAUUGGUCAGAUUAUCAACAAUCAAAAACAUGUUUAUACGCUUCUUUAACUUCAAUACCGUUCACCUUACUCUUAACAAGAUGCUUAGGAAUCCAAAACUUAUUCUUAAUUAUGGGUUCAAUCCUAAUUCUUUGGUCUGCUCCUUGGUUUACUUUAUUUAGAAAAUUGAUUUGGAGGUCUAGGAUUUUAAGAUCAUUUUGUAGAGUUUGUUUAAGGAUUUGUUUGUUUGGUGGGAUUGGAGUUUGGGAUGAAAUUAAAAGAGGUGAUCAUCAUGGUGAUUCAAUCAAGAUUAUUCCUUCUAGAAAUUCGAAUCCAAAACCAGAUUCUGAUGAGAAUUAUACAAACCAUGAUGAUGGGUUUCAAUCUGCUAUGGUUAAGCAUUCGCGAGACGAAGAGGAUGAUGAACAUAAACAAGAAAUCGAAGUCAGAUUCACGAUUUUUGAAAACCAACGUUGGUGGAUGGGACUAGACUGGACCAACACCUUAUUACCACACGAAAGACCGAAUUGGACAGAUUCAAGCCAUACACCUGUACCAGGCCCCACAGAUUUCAAGUUACCAAAUCCGACGAUCACUUCAAGUGGUAAAAAGAUUCAAUGGAAAUGGCAAGAUCGAGACUGGACGAUUUCCAAAGCUUCACCAGGUCUGAUCAACCCAGACACGACUACCAAACCACAUCAUCCACUCUCAAGUCCUCUUCGACUCUCCAUGAAAUCUAUCUUGAAUUCUUCUUCUCCUAAUGAUCUUAAUGGACUUAUGAAUCGUUCAGAGACCCAGAAAUCUCGUUCUGGAUCACUUUCUUUUGGUCAACAAGCUGGCUCUGAACUUGAAAAGAAUUUGAGAGAAGCCGUUGCUUCUUCUGGUCUAUCGACCGAAGCAAUGGUCGAAGGAGAAGAUCCAAGUGUACCAUGGGAUGUAGAUACAAACGGCUGGCAAUAUGGGGAUAAUCAUUGGGAGAAACUGAGUAGAAAGGCAGGGAUUGGUAGGUAUACAAGAAGAAGAGCUUGGGUAAGACGAGCAGUGAUGGUUUCUACUGAAAACCAUCAAGAAUCAGAAGAAGAAGAAACCGAGAUUGAGCGUGUUGAGAAGAUGAUCCCUAGUACGCCUAAGAAUAAAGAUGCUUUAAGAAGAAGAUUGGUGAAUACGAAUUAAUACUCCCAUAGUCUUUGAAGAUCUCUUCCUGCCCCGUAUUAUGUUUUGAAUCUUAGUCUCGAAAAAAAUCAGUUUAGCAAUCAUUUUGUUAGUAUUUGUGAACUGUUCAUAAGCCUAUUUGAUUAUUAUAAAGUACUCGAUUGAAUGUUUAAUUCCUUCAAGCUGGUAGUUGUUGAGGUUUCAUUGUAUUUGUUUUGUAUAUGUGUAAUAUAUUCGUCGUUAAGAAGACAGA